AUGUCGUCUCAGAAAAAGAUCCUCUUCGUUCUCACCUCCCACAACAAGAUCGACAAGCUCGACAAGCCUACCGGGUGGUACCUCCCCGAGGUGGCUCACCCCUACUACGUCCUCGCUCCUCACUACUCCAUCACCUGGGCUUCUCCCGCUGGUGGUGAAGCUCCUCUCGAUCCCGGAUCCGUUGAGGCAUUCAAGGAUGAUGACGAGGCUCAGAAGUUCUUGAAGGAGGUUAAUGACUGGAAGCAGUGCCGUAAGCUUUCUGACGUCCUUCCGGAGGUCGAGAAGGGUGAGUACGUCGCUGUUUUCUACCCCGGUGGUCAUGGACCUAUGUACGACUUGCCCCGUGACGAGAACUCUUUGAAGAUCCUUGAGAGUUUCUGGAAGCAGAACUUGCCCGUCUCCGCUGUCUGCCACGCUCCUGCCGUCCUGGCCGAGACUUCCUUCGUCAAGGGCCGCAAGGUAACUGGAUUCUCCAACGAGGAGGAAGACCAGGCUGGGUUGACUGAUGCCAUGCCUUACCUCCUUGAGGACCGCUUGAAGGAGAGGGGUGGUUUGUACGAGAAGGCCGAGAAGGCUUGGGGAGAGAAGUUGGUUGUGGAUGGAAAAUUGAUUACGGGACAGAACCCUGCGAGUGCGAAGGCCGUUGGAGAGGCGUUGCAUCAGAUGAUUACUGGUGGUGCCCCGGAGGAUGAGAGCAAGGCUAGCGUGCAGGACAAGCUUGCUGGUAUGGGUGCUUCGUAGAUGCUCUAGCUCUACGUCAAGUGGUUGUGUUAGGAUACGUGUACGAUAUGAUAGCAUCUAUAUGAUUCAUAUGUUGCGCAAGAGCACUCAGGC